AUGGACGAGAUCACGGUGGCAUCGAGCGCGCUCCCGGACGACGUCGUCCUCGAGGUCCUCAUGCGCGUCCCGGACGCCGGCACGCUGUUCCGGUGCGCCGCGGUGUGCAAGCGGUGGCGAGGGCUCAUCGUAGACCGGUCCUUCCUCCGCCGUCGCUGGGCGGCGAGCGCGUCCUACUUCAGCGGAUUCUUUGCUCGAGAGCGACGGUGCCAAGGAGAACAUGACGAUGACGUUGCUGAAGCCAGCUCCCCGCCGAUCUUCGUCCCGGUGCCGCGGUCCGCAGCCAGUCCUGCUCCUGCCCGCUAUCCCCUCACCUCGUUUCUAGUCCCCGACAUGGCCGGCCUCUUGGCCGGAUCGGAGCCGCUAACCGCUCGCAACGGUCUCCUCCUGGUACGCCUCAGCCCCUGCGCCGCCGGAGGUGGUGGCCCUAUCCGUCUGGCUGCGUGCAACCUGAUCGCCGGCACUUGCGACGUGCUUCCUCCACUGGACAGCGGGUCCUCCUCGCCCGUAGGCUACACCAUCCUAACCGGCGAAGACUGCUUCUCCUCGCCUCCGCCAUCGCCUGCGCCCAACUAUUCCACCUUCUUCAAGGUCCUAAUCUUCGGCCUCAGACACAUCCGAACUGGGAGGCUUGGGCAUGGCCACUACAAUCUCCACAUGUUCUCAUCAUCAUCGUCGAGCUGGAGUUCGCGUAUAGAGUUUGACGAUUUUUACAUCACGCGGGGCGAUAACGGCGAGCAGUGGCCGUACAUGGAGCAUAGCAUCGUCGUGGACCGUGGCGUGGCACACUACCUCCUCACAAAGUGGCCAGACCAACAUCGCCUGCCAUCUUACACUGUUGACAUGAAGGGCUACGUCUGGGUAAGGGAGCUAUGUCUCUCGUCUAACGAACCAACCGCCGACACUCAUCUUCUGGCCCUCGUCGGCGGCGAACGCUCGCUCUUUUUAAUGUUCGCAGAGGAAAGCCUCCGGAUGGAGAUCUGGACAUUUAGAGGUGACGAUGGACACGACAACUUAGACUGGAUUUACAAGGGGGUGAUGGAGCUGAAACCACCCAAGAACAGACGGAUUGAUGACGUGCUAUGGGUGUGGUUGGGAGAAAAGAGCAACACCUUGCUUAUCAUGGAUUGGGACCUCCGCGCGUACCUUGCUAAUCUCGAAACUGGGGCGAUGGAGGAGAUGACGGAGCUGUUUUACAACACGGUUCCAAAUGCCGUGCCUGUAGAGAUAGAUUGGCCGGCUUUAUUCAGGACUCGGCUAGGUAGACACAUAUGCUAA